UUAAAGAAACAGGAUCUUUGCAUCAGCCCUCAGAUCAAGGACCACAUCAAGGGAACAAGAAGUGACUUCCCCUGCAGCACAUCUCUCUUGAAGAUCAGUCAGAAAGAGAAACGGCAUCAUCUGUGACAGGCAGACAGUGGGACGCGAAAUGCCAGUGAAAUGCUGUUUCUACAGGUCUCCAACGACGGAAACACUGGCAUGGUCUGAAAAUAUGGACUCGCUCUUAGCUAACCAAGCUGGACUGGAUGCUUUCCGAACAUUUCUAAAAUCAGAAUUUAGUGAAGAAAAUGUUGAGUUCUGGCUUGCCUGUGAAGACUUCAAGAAAACGGAAUGUAGAGAAAAGAUUGCUACGAAAGCUAAAAUGAUUUACUCCGAAUUCAUUGUAGCUGAUGCACCAAAAGAGAUUAACAUUGACUUCAGUACCAGAGACCUCAUCUCAAGGAAUAUUGCUGAACCAACUCCAAAAUGCUUUGAUGAGGCUCAGAAAUUAAUCUAUAGUCUCAUGGCCAAGGAUUCCUUCCCUCGUUUUCUAAAGUCAGAAAUUUAUAAGAAAUUUAUAAAUACCCAACAGGUUGGAAGUCAUAAAAGAUGGCUGCCUUUCCUGUGAAAAAGAUUUAUUCCUAUUCUUUGCCAUUAUCGAUUUGAGACUGAAAAUGUUUUAAAUGAAGGGAAAACACUGGUGACUUAUUUUGCUUCUAUCACUGAUUCCUAUGGUAGACAAGAAUCUUGCUGCCUCCUCCUGAAAAAUCAACACUUAAACACAUGCAAAUGGAUGGACUAUUCCCUGUGCACUUGCAAAUUCUACCAAGCCUGGCAUAAUACAAAUGAACCGGCGUGUUUGCGGGGAGGGGGAUUGCCCACUAACUGUAAAAUAUCUAUCCUAUACCAGCAUUUAUUAUAAAGAUUCUAGCUUCAGUGUCUUUUAAAAAGGGGACAUUUUAUUUAUUCCAGUAAAUGUAUGGACAAGAGGCAUCCCGAAUCAUUAAAUCACACUCUUACUUCUAAAUAGGGAAAAGAAAUGUUAAAGCUCAGUUGUUUCUUGAGUUCACACAUCUGGUGAGUGACAGAGCUAUAACUGCAGUGGAUGUCACCACUUUGUCACCACGCUGGUGCUUGAUCCAAGAAAACAGUGUAGUCCCUCCCAACUUGAGCUGCAUGGAAGUGGAAUCUAAGCUCCAACAAACCUCCACGCUCUGGCAAGGUGCCACAAAUGUUUGAAUUAUCUCUAUAUUAUACACUUUACAAAUUAUUAUCACACACCAAAACUUUUAUCACUGGCUCCCAGAAAGUGAAGAGGACUCUGAUCCCACGUGGUAAACUUGAGGCCAUGGGAGCCUGAUAUAUUGCACAGGAAGAUCCUGAGAUCAGUGUGGUUUUGUUUAAAAGUGGAUGUUAAAUGACCUCUUAUGGAAUACUAACCUAAGAUUUGCCACAGUAGAACCCUCCUUCUACUGCCUCUACUCACUCGUCACCAUGAGAUAUAAUUCUAGGAUUUCCAAAUAAAUAGAUCAGAAAACAAAUCAAUGACAGGAUUUUGAAAUGUGAGGAUUUUAGAAAAAUACCAUGAAUACCUCCUACAUGCAAUAUUCUAUAUUCCAUUCAUACCUCUUCACACUACAUGUUAUUUUAAUCCAUAGUUAUCAUAUACAACUUGAUAAAUAUAAAUGCAAGCAGAAAAUAUUGUAAAAAAUGGGAAAAACAUGUAUCCAUCUUGAUUAUGGAAUUAAGGUCUCAUUCAUACUCUACUAUCAUUUUUAAACAUCUUAAUUGACUUAAAGAAAUGAAGUUAUCAAAAUUUAAAACUAUGUAGUAACUGGCUAAUAAAUUAAAAAUAACAGACCAAAAAAUUACUUACAUAUUAUAAGAAGAGGAGUCUUUGCAUUGUUUUAGUUUUUGUGUUUGUUCUUUACUCUUUUGAGAUAAGAUCUCUGGAUCUACCAAUCUGACCUUGAACUCAAUCUUCCGACUUCAAUCUCUGACUCCUGGGAUUAUAGGCAUGAGAUGUCUCUCCCACCUGUUUGCCUUUUCUGUUUUCUAACACCCACCACAAAGACAAACUGAAGAAAAUUAGAUGAUCUAUUUUCUCAAAGAAUCUUAGACUCUAACAAUUUUAUGUGUUGCAACAAGCAUAAAUUUAGUUUAUCCUCUUUGAAUUGUUUGCAUAUCAAAUAUUAAUACUUUGAACAACACAGAUUUUUCUACUUAUACAAAUAGUACUUUCUUAGAUUUGCCUAGAAAAUGUCCAUUUCAAUUUCAAGAUGUAAUCAACAGACAUUUUUCUGAUAACUAUUAAAUUCUUUUUUCCAUUAGAAUACUUUUUAUUUUUUAUAGCUAUUAAAUUCUAACCCCGUAGACAUUAAAAAUGAGAUCUAGCCUCGAGCUUUACCUUUCCAAACUUGUUUUUAUAGUCUGCCUGCUGUAGAAAGAAGGAAUUCCCUACCUUCCUUUUUUCCACUUUCUCUAUAGUAGUUCUUAACUUGUGUGGUCUAGCAACUCUGGGUUUCCCAGUACUCUUGAUAAGAGUAUGUGUUGCUUAAUAAAAAGCAAAGGAAUGUUCUUGUUGUUUCUUUUAUAAUACCCUUUUCAAAAAGGUAUUAGCAGCGUUCUGCGUAUUUUUAAAUGAUAGUAACAUUAAGGGUUACCACACUGAGAAUAGUCUAGAGGGGUUUUGUUUGUUUGUUUGUUUCUUUGUUUGUUUCUGUUUUAUUUUGUUGUUGUUGUUACUCUAAAAGUUUAGGAAGCAUUCAUGUCAAUGAUCCUGGAAUUAAAGUUUAGAAUAAUUUCCCAUUUAUUCUUAUUGGAAAAUUCCA